CACCGGCUUCAGCCGAUCUGUCAAUGGAUGAGCACAUGUGCUAUGCGAUGAAUUGUGCUUCUUCCCUUCCCUGUAUUCUGAUCACCGAUCACUGGUAUGAGUACCUUGCACCGCAUCGUUACAUCAUCUUGGCCAUCGAUUCAUGGUAUAUACUUGAUUAGAUAUUGAAACUUCUGAUUGGAUAUGCUUCUCGUUCAACGGAUGGGAGGUUUUUCAUAGCAUGUACCCACAUGAAUCAAUAACCAAUAAUAGUAAGUCUAUUGUUGUACACAGGAUUUCCCCGGAAGAUGCCAGUGGUGGAGGUCGGUGUUACUGUGACUUGGUGGUAUCUCGGCAGCGUUGAAGAAGAAUGUCAGAAAUGCUGCAUUGAAAGGCGAGUAAUAAUGGGAUAUGACUGGAAGCUGCCACAAAAAUAGACGGAGAGUCGGAACCCCUGAGUAGUGUUUUUUUUUGUUUAGAAGCGUCUUAGCUUUGGAGUAUCUGCACAGGACUUAGCUAUAAUUUGUUCCGUUUCACCACCCUUCCAGCGAUGGCAGUAUUUAAAAGCGCUUUGUUUAAUAAUCUGGUCAGUAUAAAAGCUGAUCUUUACUGAGGGUAACCGUAGAUCUUGUCUUGACCGCGCAAGACAAUCCUAAUCAGCUUGAACUGGUGGCCUCAAACAACUUUCAGCUUUGAUACUAUUCCAAAAAUGGGAUCACCCAGUCAAGCUUCGAACCAUGUGUACUCUGCGUUCGCGCUCCUGGCCACUGCACUGAUUAUCAUCCCAUUACCAUUACACCUCCGAGUCCAAAGAACCAGCACUUGCUUAUUCAUUGUCUGGUUUGCCUUGACGAUGCUCAAUUCCUCCAUUAAUUCUAUCAUAUGGAGUAACAACACUGUCAAUUGGGCACCGGGAUGGUGUUAUAUAUCUUCUUACGUGCUAGUUGCUUCCAAAUAUGGUGUACAGCUCGCUCCACUUUGCAUUGCUCGACGAGCUUAUCGUAUCGCAAGUCAAAAAUUCGUCAAGCAGUCCCAGUAUGAUAUUAGGCGCGAUUUAAUCGUUGAGCUUUUCAUUGGCAUCGGCAUUCCUGUAUUGCUCCUGCCAUUAUAUUAUGUCGUCCAAGGAAAUUGCUUUAUGAUAAUAGAGCAAGUGGGUUGUUAUCCCAUGAUCGUAAGGACGUCACUCGCUUUCCCGCUUGUUGUCAUGUGGCCGCCCAUCUUCGCGUUAAUCAGCGCAGUCUAUUUUGCUUUCUCUGCCUACAGCUUGAUUCGUCAAAAAUCCCUUAGAAAACAACUAUUUGGGAGCGAUGGACACGUUGAAUCUGAUUCAUACUGGCGUUUGAUAGCUCUUGCGGGUGCUCAAAUUAUACUGAUCCUGCCUUCAGGAAUUUUUGCAUUAGUGAACGACAUAUCGGGCGGUCCAAUGGCUCCAUAUAGCUGGGAUUUUAUACACUACGAAUUCUCUGUUCCCCAAUACGUUUCUAUAUCCGACUGGACAUUUAACCUGCAGAACGCUCUAGCGUUCCAGUGGGACCGUUGGACAACUAUCAUCUACGCUCUACUAUUUUUUGCUUUUUUCGGGUUCAGAGCAGACGUCUUACAGUACUACCGUGGUAUCUUCCUUGCCAUCCUGAGACCCUUUGGGUAUCGCCCAUCGACUCCGGAUUUGAAUGAUUUGGAAGCCAGCAAUGAACCACCCGCCCGUAAGCGCGCUCCCAAUCCCUGGUCGAUAGGGUCUUUGAGAUUCUUUCACACGUCCGAUAUUGGCAUAUCCGCCAAUCAAGCGGCUUCACUUCCUCCGAUCCCCUCUAGCACUUCCUGCUUACCCACCUCUUCUGAUGAGCAGAGUCACAGUUGUACAACUAAUUCGGGAGGUGGGGAGGAUGCUAAAAGGACAGACUCUUCAAGUAGAUCCUUCAAAUCUCCCUAUUGCAUGGACGAUAGUGUCGUGUCCCUGGGGCUCAUAGCAGAACCCGAGCCUGUUAUUGAAGCGUCUUCGGUAUUGCGACGUCAUUCCUUGGACUUGGAGCCUGCCUGAAUCAAAACAUUGAUAUUACAGGACCCAGCCGCUGAAAAUUACGCGUUCGAGCUACGCAGUACUGCACUACUAUAUAAUUCUGAGUUGUCAAAAUAGUUUCUAUAUAUUGUUCAGUUCUAACGGAUCAGACCAGAUUUGUGUAGGCGCUCAAUUCUUGAUUUCUUUCUGUUCUAGUUGUUACAAUAGCUUUCUAAAAUGCCUCUUAACAUACAAAAAAUACUUGUACCGUUUAAAUUUGACUCAUCCUUUCAGUCCAUCUCGGCUGCUGAUGGCACCUGCUGACAGGGUGAUGUAUCUUUGAUGCAUGCGAUAGUCUUACAAUCGUACAACGGACGGUUACUUCA